AUGAAAAAAACUUUCAAAACAAUUUUAGACAACAAAAAAAGAACUGGUCGUGGAAGGAUAUCGUGGCCCUACUACAAUGAUUUCUUAGAAAUAUUUAAAGAUGAUCGUAUAGUCAAUUUUGGUCACACUAUUUCAUCUAUAAAAUGUUCCAACACAAAUAUUGCCAAGUCUUCUCCAUCCAGUUUCUCUUCCUCACCAUCUUUAAAUAAGGCAAUACCUACCCUGCAAGUCCCAUCAAGUGAAUUUGUGCCUUGUUCGACAAAUUUAAUGUCAAAUUUUUCAACUCUCCUCUCCUCGUCUAUUUCAAUCCUACAACCUCCACAAAAUGUUCCUUCUACACCUACUUCCUCCACUUCUAAUCCACUUCCACAACCCCAAAAAGUAAACAAAGCACAAAGGGGGAAAAAUUAUAUGACCAUAGAAAACGACAGUUGGAUAUUGAGGAGCAGCGGGUAA